AUGCUGACCGAAGGAGUCGAAGAUGAAAGUAAAGGAUUUGUAGGAACUACAAAAGACCAAACAAAAAAUGAACUUACGAAAGAUCAGGUAGAAAGUAAACUUAUGAAAGGCGUAACAGAAAGUGAAAAAGAUCAGACAGAGAGCGAAAAUUUGAAUGGUCAGACGGAAAAUGAGCUUAUGAAAAAUCAACCCAAAAACGAAUUUGCGAAAGACCAAACAAAAAAUGAACUUGUGAAAGACCAAACAGAUAAACGUCAUACCGAGCAAUUGGAUCCAAAAUAUGAGGAUGCCUUGUCACAAGAAAAAUUCGCAAAUCAAAAUGACCAACAAAUGGUUCAAGAAUCUAUAGCGCAAGACCAAAUAACUAAAGCUAAAAUUAAAAAAGUAAGAUUCAGCGAAAUAACAGAAAGUCAACUUGACGAAGAUGAUGUUCACCCUAACUAUAAAGCAUCUGUAGACUAUGGACCUUCUCAAUCAUCCGGAUUUUAUGAUGUAACUUUGAGUCCAGAAAAAGCUAGUAAAUUAUUUGGAAAAUUAGGUUUGGCCGAAGCUUGGGAAAAAUUCGUUUCACCAAAAUCACAAAAUAAAAAGGUGAUCAUUUCUAAUAUAUAUGUUCUUCGUUUUAUUACCAAUGUAUACUUAAUUGAUUGA